AUGUCGUUUGGACUCGAUGCUUGGUAUCAGCCACCUCCAACAGUCAACGCCCAAGAAUUGACGACUCUUCCCUCGAAAUUCCGGCACUUCGGCCUAUCCGAGCAUUCUCAAAACCAGAAGAGAGGCCGCUCGCUGGACAGCUUUUUGGAAGGACCCCUCGUGAGAGGGAAUUUGCUCUAUCUCACUGAUAUUCCCUAUGGCCGGAUUUUCACAGUCGACCUACUUACGAAAGAGUGGAGUUUAGUUGUCGAGUAUGACGGUGAACCGAAUGGCCUUGCUUGGCAUGAACAACGCCAACAGAUUAUCAUUGCGGAUUUCAAACAGGGUGUUUUGGCCUUGGAUACCAUCACUAAGAAAAUAUCAACAGUUAUGAAUCGAUUCAACGGAGAGCGUCUCAAGGGUCCCAAUGAUCUGGUUAUUACCCGCAGCGGUAGUAUCAUAUUUACGGAUCAAGGCAUGUCUGGCCUACAGGAUCCUACCGGAAGAGUCUAUCGCAUCCAGCUAGAUGGUAGAACCGAUAUUCUGCUUCGAAAUUGUCCCUCUCCCAACGGCCUUGUCCUCGAUGCGACCGAAACUACACUAUUUGUGGCUAUGACUAGAGAUAACAGCGUCUGGCUGGCACCAUUGUAUGGCGACGGAAGCGUGCAGAGAACUGGACGCUUCUCGAUAUAUGGGGGUGUUGGUGGGCCUGAUGGAAUGGCUACGGAUGAGGAGGGAAAUAUCUUCGUUGCUCAUUCGACCCUUGGGACUAUAUAUGUCCACGACAAACGGGGAUUGCCAAAAGCCCGCAUCUCUACACAAAAAUAUGGUUAUGGAAGUACUAAUAUGACAUGGGGUGGCCCAGACGGGAAGACGCUUUUUAUUGUAGAAAGUGAAUCUGGGUCAAUCUUGACAAUAACAUGGAGUUGCAAGGGCCUGAUAUAG